GUUUUAUCUGGCAACACAAAAUCGUCAAAUUUUGGCAUGGUUGAUCUCUACAAGACCGAAUAAAAUAAAACCGUUUUCGUUGAAUUAUUAUGAAAAUGGAGUGGAAACCUGAACAAGAAGGAUUAAGACAAAUAUUAACACUACUAAAGGAGUCUCAGUCACCGGACACUGCUACUCAGAGAGCAGUUCAACAAAAAUUGGAAGAAUUAAACAAAUACCCAGAUUUCAACAACUACUUAAUUUUUGUACUAACAAAACUAGUUUCGGAAGAAGAACCGACGAGGUCUUUGAGUGGUCUUAUUUUGAAGAACAAUGUCAAAGCGCGCUACAACAGCUUUUUACCCGAGGUUGCGGAGUUCAUAAAGCGAGAAUGUUUAUCAGCGGUUGGAGAUCCGUCGCCGUUGAUUAGAGCGACUGUUGGCAUUAUAAUAACAACCAUUGCUAGUAAAGGUGAACUUACUUCAUGGCCUGAGUUAUUACCAGCAUUAUGCCAAAUGCUUGAUUCACAGGACUACAAUGUUUGUGAGGGUGCUUUUGGAGCGCUUCAGAAGAUUUGUGAAGACACAGCAGAAUUGUUAGACAGUGAUGCUUUAAACCGGCCAUUAAAUGUAUUGAUCCCUAAAUUUCUCCAGUUUUUUAGACAUUCAUCACCCAAAAUUAGAUGUCACGCCAUCGCUUGUGUCAACUAUUUCAUCAUGGGCAGAACACAAGCUCUCAUGUUACACAUAGAUUCUUUUAUUGAGAAUUUAUUCCAUCUAGCAGCUGACGAAGAUCCCGAUGUAAGAAAAAAUGUUUGUCACGCUUUAGUGCUGCUAUUAGAAGUUCGUUUGGACAGACUGAUUCCAUACUUACCAAACAUUAUUGAGUACAUGUUAAUGCGCACACAAGACGCUGAAGAAGGUGUAGCUUUAGAAGCAUGUGAAUUUUGGUUGUCGCUUGCAGAGCAAAAUGUUUGCAGAGAGGUUUUAGGGCCACGGUUGCCAUCCCUACUGCCAGUGUUGGUCCGAGGAAUGAGGUAUUCAGAGAUGGAUGUGAUUCUACUGCGAGGUGAUCGUGACGAUGAUGCCGAUGACGCUGAGCCCGACAGAGAAUCAGAUAUUAGACCACGCUUCCACAAACCACGCUCACACACCAUCAAACAUAAUGCAGGUGCGGGUGACAGUAAUAUGUCAGGCGGUGGCGAGUCUGAUGAUGAAGAGGAAGGCGGAGACGACGACGGCUCCCUGUCUGACUGGAACCUUCGGAAGUGUUCAGCCGCAGCCCUAGAUGUACUAGCCAAUGUGUUCGGAGCCGAUUUACUGCCAGUACUAUUCCCUAUACUCAAGGAGACGUUGUUCCAUGAUGAUUGGGUCAUCAAGGAAAGUGGCAUCCUAGCAUUGGGUGCUGUAGCGGAAGGAUGCAUGGGCGGUAUGGUACCUCACCUGCCGGACUUGGUUCCGUACCUCGUGUGUUGUUUAGCUGAGAGGAAGGCUCUAGUGCGAGCUAUCACCUGCUGGACCCUAUCGAGAUACUCACAUUGGAUAGUCAGCCAGUCACACGAUCUGUACCUUAGACCCGUUAUGACAGAGCUCCUAAAACGCGUCCUGGAUAACAACAAACGAGUACAAGAAGCCGCUUGUUCGGCGUUCGCUACAUUAGAGGAGGAAGCCUGCACAGAAUUAGUACCGUACUUAGGACAUAUUCUACAGACACUAGUGUACGCGUUCAGUAGAUAUCAACACAAGAACCUAUUAAUAUUGUACGACGCAAUCGGCACUCUAGCCGACUCUGUGGGACAUCACUUAAACAAACAAGAGUACAUUGACCUUUUGAUGCCACCUCUGAUUACUAAGUGGAAUGUAUUAAAAGACGAAGACAAAGAUCUGUUUCCUCUACUAGAGUGUCUGUCAUCUGUAGCGACAGCAUUACAGUCAGGAUUCCUGCCAUACUGUGAACCGGUGUUCAGACGAUGUGUGUCCCUCAUAGAACAGACAUUGAAUCAAAACAUUGCAAACAGUCAAAGCCCUGAACAGUUUGAUGCACCGGACAAGGACUUCAUGAUAGUGGCACUGGAUCUGCUGAGCGGCCUGACCGAGGGUCUGGAUGGACACAUCAACCACCUUGUGCUGAACUCCAACUUAAUGCAGCUUCUGUAUCAAUGUAUGCAGGAUCCUAUGCCGGAGGUCCGUCAGUCGUCGUUCGCGUUACUGGGAGAUCUGACUAAGGCGUGCUUCCAACACGUGCUGCCAUACAUACCGGAGUUCCUGCCCAUCCUGGGAAUGAACCUCAACCCAGAAUUCAUUUCGGUGUGCAACAACGCCACUUGGGCCAUCGGCGAGAUUAGCAUUAAGUUAGGAGCAGAGACCUCAAAAUAUAUACCGCUUGUACUGAACCAUUUAGUGGACAUCAUCAACCGGCCGAACACACCAAAGACCUUACUCGAAAACACAGCGAUAACUAUUGGUCGGCUAGGUUAUGUGUGCCCCCACGACGUCGCACCCGUUUUACAUCAAUUUGUACGCCAGUGGUGUACGUCACUGAGGAACAUCCGGGAUAACGACGAGAAGGAUUCAGCGUUCCGCGGCAUCUGUCAGAUGAUCCAAGUGAAUCCGGCGGGGGUGGUGCCCGACUUUAUGUUCUUCUGUGACGCCGUGGCUUCGUGGACGCAUCCCAAGGACGACCUCAAGGAGAUGUUUACGAAGAUCCUCCACGGGUUCAAGAACCAGGUCGGAGAAGACAACUGGCGACGUUUCACCGACCAGUUCCCGGUACAGCUCAGCGCCCGCCUCUCCGCCAUGUGCGGGAUAUAGGACGGACAGCGACAUAUGUGGGGAAUCAAUGUCAAUACGGGUCGGGAAGACAUUGCGGGCGAGAGCUCACGUGCUAACACCUGCCUGCUCUAUAUAUAUGUACCUGAGCCAUCAGUAACCAUACGCACUCGCUCAAUACAAAGCAUCCAAGGACUAGGACGAGGGCUCGUAGCGGCUCUACGGCUACAAGUGCUACGACGGCUACGAGCACUGCACCUGGACCUGGCGGCUCGUGGCUUAGCGGAGGCGUGACGUCAUCGCGCCUGACUAUACUCUAAUAUUGCAUGAACCUUAGAAUAGCAGUAGCUUUUAAUUAGAAUGAAAUAAAUUUAAUUUUAAAGAAGUCGAUUACGAAACUGAUACAUCUGCCCAUAGAGGAUAUUGUGAGUCGUCGUAUUGAAAUUUCACUGUGGAAAUUUAUAUAUAUAUUUAUAUAUAUAUGUAUUUUUUGUACUAAACUUUGUUGCAUUCGCACAUUACGUUAGCAUUAAAGUGACGCAAGAUAAAAUCGUUCGAAGCUGUAUAGUUUGUAAUGUAUGUUUGUGUAUUUUGUUUGUGAGAUCCGUAGAGAUGGCUUAAUGUGGAGUCGGUGCCGAGUCCCGGCUUUGUGUGUUGUGACGUCAUGCGCGACGGUGAAAAAAACAUUUGUAUCGAUUAUAUCCUUUUUUUUUUAGAAAUUAAAUAUUAAAAUUUGUGAUAGUUUUGGAUUACAUAUACUGAUGAAAAAGAAAUUGUUAAAAUUAUAGUGAUGCCUAUUUGUCUGAGAGCAUUUAUUCACGUCUCCACUAAGCUUGUCUUUCGUAUAUAUUUUAAGUAUAUAAAAUUGAUGUGUUAACUACUAUUUUUAAUAUAAAUUACAAGACUUAGGGAAAUCGAGAAUUUACGUCAACUGUGAUUUGUGACUGGUUUAUUUUGACUAUUAUAUGUGUACAAUAUGUCUGUGUCUAUGUACAUAUACUGCUUUGAUAGAUUUUAUGUGAACUAGAUUUCUGCUAUAUAAUAUACCAAAUAGUAUUUUUACGUUUUAUUUUGUUUUAAUUGAUUUGUAUGUAAAAGUUGCCAGUGGUGAUUAAUUCUCGUUGUAUUGACGAGCCAAAGUCAUUUUCAGCUUCAAUAUUGCCAUUUGUUAAGUCGAUAUUUUAUUUUUUAUUAAUUUUGAUAUCGUAGAAUGUGCAUUUACAUUAAAAAAAAAUCUAUUAUGGAAUCCAAACGUCCGCUAGCCCUCUAACGUCUAUCCAUCGACAAUUUUAUUGCCACUGGCAACCCGAAUGAUUGAUAUGAAGUAUUAUUUAUGUGUAUAAUAAAUUAAAAUAAUAUUAUGUAUAUGUAAAUACAUAUUGAGUUGUAUAUUAUUAUAAUACUACAUGCGAAUAAAAUUGUUACUUUUUUUGUUUUUAUAAAAGCUAUAAAGUCCGAAUUUAACCACUUGUUAUAUGUCAUUAUUACAUUAUUUUUUUUCAGAUGCGACAGGCUCCUUUCUGAAUGUCGGCACUCGCACAGUUUCCGUCUGCGCCAGUUUUGAUAUUUACAUCAGAAAUGCCAUACUCAAAUUGUGUUCUACGGAACUCGUGAUCCGUAUUUUGGAAGGGAGCCCGUCAUUUGGGGAUCUGUAAAAUUUUUGUUCAAACAAAUGCUAGUAUGUUUCGCAAUCUUAGUGUUAAGUGUGCAGUGGUAUGUUUAGGCUUUUUCGGGGUUGCAGUAAAUUUACAUUCCUUGUGGAUUAAUUAUUUUUUAUUCGGUUUUUUUUUUGUCGUAACAGCAAAAUUUUAUGGCGUUAUGGUAUGUGUAAUGGUGUAUCGUGUGUAAUGAAUGUCGGUCCAUCCCUCCCGUCUAGUCCCAAUCCUCGUCAGUGCCAACGAAGCCUCUGUGCGGAUGAGCUCACCUCUCAUCAAACGUGAGUAAAUUUUAUGAACCCAAAGGGUAUUUUGAUAGCUCCUGUCUAUUGAUGAAAAAAAAUAUAUAUGUAUAUGUAAAAAAAAAUUUGGAAACGUUAUUUUAUAAGAGGAACACACGAUCGUUACGGGUUAACUCGUAAUUUAUUUUUAAGAUUAGUAGAUUUUGUCGACAUUUUUAAAUAUAGGGUUGUUUUUUUUUCCUAAAAACCGUGAUAAUAGGUGAUAAAGUGUGUAUGUGAGCGUGCGCGUGUUGUUGCGUGUGUGAGGCGGCGUUCGUGAGGCACAUCCUUCUGUAGUUAUCAUUUGUGUUGUGAAAUGCAUAAAAUUGUGUAUCGUGGUUAAGUCAUCUUUAUUAUACAGAUUAUAUCAUCAGCUUAAAAAUUUGGCGGGAAGAAUUAUUAAAUUAUUAUUUUUUAAAUAAGAAGACAAAGACUGAAAACCUACAUAACCGGUAUUGAUACAGAUCAUAUCUAUUACAAAUAUCUGAAAAAAAAAACAUCACCGACGCCAAAUUUUUAGGUUAACAAAUCAUGUUAUUGGGACGUACAAAUCAUAAAAUGUAAGCUCUGUUGUUUUGGUUAAAAAAAAAAAAAAUUGUUUGAAUACUCAUCGCCAUCUCUUACGUUCGAUAUAAUAUAUACAUAAUUAUUUAAAAUCGUACCAAAUUAUAUGAAUCGUACUUACGUAUCUAUUUUGAUAUUUGUAUUGUAUUUAUUAUAUUUAUAAGUAUUUUCUGUAUCGUUCUUUAUUUUGUGAAGUCACACCAGUUGUUACAUAACAGUACUAAGAACCGAAGUUAACAAUUAAACGAGGCUAGCUGGACCAUUUGUUGCUUCAGUCAUACGCGACAGAUAACACAAAGUUAAAAUCACCACAUCUUAUAUAAAAAAUAAUAAAAUAAAUACUAUAAAAUGAAUUUCAUAUGUUAAAAAUUACCCAUUUGAACAAAUAGUCUGUUAGCCUCUUCGAUCAAAUAGAAUCGAUUUUAUUUGUUAAUCGAGUACAGAGUAAAUUAUAGAAAACAUGGAGUUCUAAAUUCAAAUCGCUACCUCCAACAUGGCCUAAUAUCGGCGUAGUGGAUGGUUACAGAUUAGGUUGUUUUUUUUUUUGUAUGAAAUUAUUAUCUGUACUCGAGACAUAAUCAAAAUUGUACAUAAUAUCGCAGUUACAUUGCAGCAACUGAUAAAUUGUUUGUAAGCUGUGGUUGUAAUUCAUUGACCUCACCAUAAAACUUCUUUUACCAUACAUUUCGUUAAUAAAGCACUCAUUGUUCAACAAA